AACAAAUUAGGAGAAGGAAAUAAGUUUUCUCUUUUCACCCAAUACUGUGGAAAUAAUACCAACUUGUAGCUCACGUAUACUAGUAUUAUAUUACAUAAAUAAAAGUAAAAUGUCAGUUUUAAGGAAGAUAUGAAUACUAGCUGCAAACUAUAACAAUAAUAGUCAUUUUAAAAUAUUUGUUUCGUUACAUUUUAAUUCUUUACAUAACUUCAACCAGUUUUGUCUCCGAAUGUAGCAACCGAAAUGCAUAAAGUUUAAAACAAUAGAAAUUAAUAAAUUAAUCAUCGUAGAUCCUACGACCACCACUUCUACAACGUCAACUACUAGUACAACCUCAACGACGUCUACUACAAGUACAACAACAACCUCGACUACGACAACAACUACACCUACCACCACCUCAACAACAACAACCACAACUACACCGACCACCACAUCUACUACCACAACAACGCCAACUACAACAUCUACAACAACACCAACUUCAACGACCUCAACUACGUCUACAACUACAUCUACAACUACAUCUACAACUACAUCUACAACAACGUCUACAACAACAACAACUACGACAACAACAACGACCACGCCUACAACAACAACAUCAACUACAAAAACAACACCUAAAACGACAACUUCUGCUCCUGAUAACACAUUGACUCUCGUAGCGGCUAUUCUCGGCGCUGUAGCAGUGUUUCUAGUUUUACUUCUGAUCGCAUUCAUCGCUUAUAAACUGUAUACAAAGAAGAGGCCUGUCACUCCAGAACCGAUCAAAGAGGCGACGCCUGAACCUGAUCUUUAUAUUGAGGCCGUGCAUCAUAAAACGAUUGGUGGAGCAGUUUUGUCCUCAAAAUCCGUCUUCGGACCACGAGAGACUUCAAUGAUUGAAAACACAAGACCAGCGACAAACCUUCUUGUAUUUCCACAAGCAAAAGAUAACAACUUCACACUAACGAUGCCAAACGUCAUUGAUCAAUACCAACAUUCGCCUGCACUGCCUAACAAGAUUAGUUCUAUGUCGUAUCAUCAACUUCCACGGGCAACCGGAGUUCCGAAUUCAAACAUAUUGGGACAAAAUAAAAAUGUACACCAGUCAGAACAAUGGAGACUGAUCGAGACUCAAUCUCCGGUACACUUUGGCAGCACCCCAUAUUCUCGCACGGAUGACAAUUAUGUUCGCAUACGACCAUUCCCUUAUUUGAAAAAUGAAACAAGCAAUAAUGAUCCUCAUUUAAAGCCUCGCGACAAUACCUCAGAGGGUACACCAAGUAGUAUAAUCGUAAGCAUUCCAAGUUACAGUUAUAGCAAAGCUGUAACACCAAACAUUCAACAAGAAAAGCCGCGUACAAGCUUUAUUAUGACGCAAAUGAAUACUGAGAUAGAAAACCAGCAUUUGAUAAACGAGUCAUUUUCAUCACAUGCUCUUUCUUUAGAAAGUAGACCGACGUUGAACGAAGCACAAAAUAUGAGUUUAAAUCAUGCGGAUGGAGUUUUUAUAAAACAAACUCCAGAGGACGCGUUAAGUUCCGGAAGAACUACCGUUAAUGAUGUAACACUGCCAGAAAUAUUCAGUCCAAAUGAGGAAGAUACACUCAGUCCACCAUUUACGUUCCAUGCAAAGAACAAUAUGAACGGUUUCGAUACAAUACCUCCAAGAAAAGAAGUACAUCUUCAAGGGGAUACGCAGGAAACUGAAAUAUACAGGGAUAUAAGCCUAAUCUAACUCACAAAACGUACAGGCGAUGCUAACAAUGACGACACGCUUGUCCUAAUUUCGAAAAUGAUUAAUAAUAUACGAGUUUGCAUAAAACGUCAGUGUAUAAGUAACAAGUAAAACUAUAAACUUACAAAAAUUUUAUCUAUAUAAUUUGUUUUUCUUUAAAAUACACAUAAUAUUAAUCAAAAGAUACUAUUCACAAAGUCAAAAAUACAUCUUACCAUUUACAACAUUGCAAUAGUGUUUUUGUUUUAGCUGUAUUAUUCAUUUCAACGGCAAUUCUUUUCGCUCAUAUUAAUAUAUUAACAUCAUUUCGAGAUUGUAUAAUUCUAUAAUUGUUUUAUUGAUUUUUGCUUCCAAUUAUUUUUACCUUAUUUGAAAACUAUCUUCAUACUUGUGUGAUGAUAUGUAAAAUAUGAAUAAUAAAUGAAUGAGCUUUUGUUUACCAGAAUGAACGUUCAUUAUAAAAAAAACAUGAUACUGAAAACACGUGCUUAAUGUUUUGGAUUUUACUAACUUUACAUAAAGUUGCGAUAUUAAAAGUUUCUAAAAUAUAUAAUUCUGCUGGCCAAAGAGAAAAAAUAACGCAAAAAGGUAAACAACAUAUCAUGCCAUUUUUAAAGUGGUGAACAGAUAUUUCGAAACUUUGCCAAAAAUAUGAUAAUGUAUACUACUUCAUAUGUCGAUACAUAUAAGAUAUUUUCAGCUUGUUUUUCAUCAAAAUUUCUAUGUUACCUUAUAUUUGACCUUUUUAAUAAAAAAUAGAUUCACAACUGUAUUGUCGACGUUGCCUUUUAAUAGCAAGCUUAGAACACAAUGAUAAACGCUUUCAAUGAAAGGGUCAAAGAGAAUGUAUAGCAAAAUAUUAUCAUAGCUGUAUUAUAACAAAAUUUAUUAUUUCUUUUAAAUUAAUUUUAGAAUGGUUUUGGAGCGAUCAUUAUAACGAACACAUAUAUUAUCAUUACAAUACUAUUUGAAAACGUUUUAGACCCAUAAUAAGUAUUUGAUUUUUCAUUUGCUGCAAGACUGUAGACAUCAUAAUUUCCUAUAAAAAGUUUUACAUAUCACUAAGUUGUAAUUGGAAAUAUCAUUAGUCAAUAAAAGUCAGACAAUAAAUGUCCAUUUUG